GUUCAUAGAAACACAGCCCUUUAAAACACAAACACGUCGCGUACACGCUUUUCCUCUAUGCUCUAGCAAGUUUUGUUGCUACCCCCUUUCCUCCAAGUUCAUCAACGCUUCUCUUCGUCAACCUCAAUCGUAAUUAUUGUUUCUGGUCAAAUGAAUCGUCAACAUGAAUCCUCAAGUCAAGGCGGUCAAAGCCAGUCGGGCCAGUGAUGAGAUGCAAGUCUCACCAACACCGAAAUCUAUGGAGCAGAAGUCGGCAGGUCAGAAGUCGGCAGGACAAAAGCUAAAAAGGAAGCUCGAUUCGACUGACAAGCCGCCUGCGUCCGCCUCAGACGGAAAGAAGAGAAAGCAAGACGAUGCAUUGAGCGCGACAUCGAAACCUACUUCAAGCAAGCAAACUAGACCGUCAACCGCCACUACCAAGGGCAAGAAAGCCACUCAACAAACCAGUUCCACCAAAGCAGCUCCAACCAAGUCCGAAGACCAGGAAUGCCGCUUCUGCCUCGACGGCGAUGGUAAAUGGGCCGGCUUCGAUGAAUACGCAUACAAACCGGAGUUCUACACAGAACUUUGCUUUGAGUGCAAGGACACAGUUCUCAAGAAUAGCUGUCGUGUUUGCAAGCAGUUGUGUAUAGAUGAUGAGUACAUGCUGCCAGAGAGAGAAGAUAUGUGUCGGACGUGUGAGAGGAAGGCGUUCGACAGGAUUUUGUUAGGAUAUGGUGUUGGAGAUUAUUUGUAGGAUUGACAGGAGAAGCGAGGGAUAGCUUUGCGAAGGAGGCUGAAGAGGGGGGAUUCUUUGGUCUUGGGAUGAGGUAUGGGGUAGAAGUUAUAAAUUAAUGGUUG